CUCAUUUUCACAUAUCUUAAACAACUACAACUUCAUCUUACUUACAAACUAGUUGAAGGUGCAAAAUGGGUGGUGGCAAAAGCGGCAGCGGCGGCGGUAAGAGUGGCGGUGGGGCUGGAAGUAAAAGCGGAGGAGGAGGAGGAGGAGGAGGAGGAGGAUUCAAAAGCAGCGGAGGAGGUCAGAUGAAAGCUCCGGGAGGGAGUGGAUCCUUCAUUCCACGCGGAGUGUUCGAGAGCAACCCGAAGGCUUACUUCACUGGUUUGCAUGUUGGGCAGAAGGGCAAGAAGUGAAGCGUAGGCUUUCCUUCCCAUUUGGAUACUCUCAUAUGAUCCGUACAAUAAAUAUAUAUAUAUUAUAUAUAUGAGAUCAAAUUUCCAUCUGGGACUUUUUCUUUUGUUUUUCUUUCUUAUAUAACAUAUUUAUGUAAUAUGUUAUAUAUGCCCCUUGCUUAUCUUCUGUCCUACUAAAAUUGCCUUACGUGGGUUGUUUUAACUGGGCUUUUCACUUGUAAAAUAUUCACCCUCCGCUUCAUAUAUAUAUAUAUAUAUAUAUAUGUGCGUGUGUAUGUGUGUGUGUGUGUAUGUGCGUGCGCUUCUUCAAUAAGUAUAUAUAUUUUUACUACA